GUUUAAUUAGUUUACAUUUCUGUAAGUGUUUGCUAAAUGGAAAUCGACACCGCACCGAAAAUUAUUGUUGACGAAGACUAUAUUGACCUCAGAGAUGAUUCAGUUAAAAAAGCACUCAGAAAAACCCGUAAUCGCGCUGUGAACCACGUGUUAAGGAAAUAUCUAUGCUCAACCAAGGAGAGUACAGUUCCCCCAAAAGCGUAUCAAAAUGAAAGUAACUUAAAAAGCAAGUAUGAUUUGGGGUUCCGCCGCAGUCGUGUAAGUUUCAGACCUUAUAGUGGUGACCAAAGUUUGGUAGAAAAAUAUUCGCUCUUAAAGCUGCCUUGGAAAACCAAUACGUCGCCGAUAUGCUCGGAAGUAACCAAGAGUAUCCGACCUACGUAUAGAAACAAAAUCGUCGAUAAUAAUGACUCCGAAAUUGCCAGAAAACUUUAUAACAAGAAAACCGAAAUGCAAAGACAAAAAGAUUAUCCAGAAAUCAUACAAUAUAUAUAUGAUAGCGAUGACUCGGAGGAUUCCGAUAGCAAACAGAACGUAUUUCAGAUUCAGAAUUUCAUAUUAUUUGUUGCUGGUACAGUUUGUGGAAUAUGCCUAGUUUCAUCAAUAUGGAUAAUACUAAAAAACAGCAUCAUACCAGAGCUGUUUAUUUCACCACAGACAGAUUUUGAAUUUAAGAAAUAUGUGAAACUUUUUGGAAGAACCAUAAUUUUCACAAUUACCUAUUUGAUCAAAGGAACAUGCAAAUUGUUUAUGUUACCAGCACAUCAGAUUCAUCAAUGUGUACAUUACCACUGGUCGCCAAUACCAAAUGCUUGGUUAGUGAACAUGUAA